AUGAAGACCACAUCAGCCGUUCUCGCCGCCACUGCGCUUGCAGGAAGUGCCUAUGCUCAAGCCAACAUUGGCUCAAUUGCUCAAACCGCUCUUUCCUACUUAUCACCUACAUGUCUUCAAACUGUCAUCCAACUUAGUUCCAAUGGAUCAGCUUUGAACACUUGUUUAGACGGAUCAUUACUUGAAUCAAUUGUUUUGGGUAACGGAUCUAUCAUCGCUCCUGUUGGAAACUAUCUCGAUGAAUUCUGUUCAUCUCAACCAUGUUCCAACGAAACCCUUACCAACGCUACUCAAACACUUUUAAGUGGAUGUGCAUCGGACCUUACCAAAUUCGGAGUAACGAAUCAAACCAUCGAAUUUGUCGUUGCUCAAUACCCAUUGGCCAGAGAUGUUCUAUGUCUUAAAACCACCGAUCCAUUCGUCGGUAACGGCACUUCAUCAUCCAACAUGACCUCCAUGAUGAACUCUACAUCAUCAUCAAACUCUACAAACGGAACAUUCUGCGCUACAUCGUUGCUCACUGAAUUCCAAUCUUAUUUGGGUGAAGAUUUAACUAUAUCAAAUAUCGCUACCAUCGCACUUGGUGGCAAUCAAACCGCUUUAGAUACAAUCAAAUCUAUUCCUCCAACUGCUUUAUGUGAUGAAUGUGUCUUUGGUGCAUUAUCACUUGUCGAGGAACAAUACCCUCAAUUAGGAAACAUCACUCUUGGAAACUAUACUCUCAACACUUUCUUGACUGGAACAUGUAACGCAACCAACGGAACCGAAUUCACUUUAUCUACAAAUGGUACUCUUCCCACAAACGUCACUGAAUCAGCUGUAAACUCUACUCUCAUCCCAAUGAACUUCACAAUGCCCCAAACAAACCUUUCUAUCCCAACCCAAUUCAAGAUGAACUCUUCAGCAUCUUCAACCGGUGCAGUAGAGAGCGUUUUAUCUUCAGUCGUAGCUACCGCUUCAGGAUCAGCCGUGACAGCAAUGAAGAAGAGAUGGAUCGGUCAACAAUAA